AUGGGUUUCAUCAAGAACCUCCUCUCGUUGGCUCUCCUGGGCGCGCUGGCGACCGCCCUCGCCCCUCUCGACUUCCCCCAGGAGGACAUCGACUCGGGCAAGGCGCUGCAGGAGAUCGGCAGGACGGCGUACGACACCGCCAUAGCGCGGCUCGAGGCCCACCCUACGGCCAAGUGCACGAAGGAUAACGUGAGGGUGCGCAAAGAAUGGAGAAGAAUCCCCGCCGCGGAGAGAAUAGAAUACGUCAAGGCCGUAAACUGCCUCAUGGAGAAGCCGAACGUGUACGAGAACGUGACGGGCCCCAGGACGAUGUACGAUAGCUUCGGUGUGCUGCACUACAAGCUGACGCCGUACGUCCAUAACUCAGCAUACUUUCUCCUCUUCCACCGACUCUACGUCUGGACCUUCGAGGACAAGCUGAGAACCAUGUGUGGCUACACGGGGUCCUUCCCCUACUGGGAGUGGGGCCUCGACGCCACCACCGGCGUCGAAAACUCGCCCGUAUUCGACGGCUCCGAAACCUCCAUGGGAUCCAACGGCGAAAAGGUUUCCGGCGGUGGCGGCGGCGGCAACCCCAUGUUCCCGGGCGGCAGCGGGGGCGGGUGCGUGACCAAGGGCCCCUUUGUAAACUACACGGUGAACUUCGGCCCCAACACGGCCCGCGACCCCCUGGCGUACAACCCGCGGUGCCUCAAGCGCGACCUCAACACGCAGAUCUGCGCGCAGUGGGCCUCCCUCCGGAACACGACCGAGACCAUCACCCAGAGCCCCGACAUCGCCCUCUUCCAGGCCAACCUGCAGGGGGACUUCCGCUGGCCCGACGCGCGCAAGUGGGGGUUCGCCGUGCACGGGGGCGGCCACUUCGCCAUUGCCGGCGACCCAGGCGGAGACUUCUACUUCUCGCCCCUGGAGCCCGCCUUCUACCUGCACCACGGACAGAUCGACCGCAUGUACUUUAUCUGGCAGAACCUCGACUGGGAACAGCGACAGACCAUGGCAGGAACUAUCACGAUGAUGGACAGGCCCGCGAGCCGCAACGGGACGCUGGAGGACGUCCUCGACAUCGCUCCUGUGGGCGAGUCCUACAGGUUUGGUCAGUUGCUCGACACGGUGGGGGGCUCGCCGUUUUGUUUCGUCUACGAGUAG